AUGAGGCUACCUAACGGAAAGUCUAGGCGCACUAUCAUAGAAGAGUCUGCUUCUGAAGGCGAAAAUACUGCAAAAUCACCACCGUUUAUACCAUGUUCUGAUGACGAUACAGUGAGUAUUAAUUACGAAGUACCUACGAAAGGAAGACCAAAGAAAGGCAGACAAUUUAAGUAUGGCGGUCUAUCUAGGAUGGAAAGAAAGAGAAACAGACAUUCUAAUAAGGCUUUUCACAACUAUAAAAACAUCGAAGUCCAACCGAAAGUAUUUAUUGAUUAUAAAUGUAAUUGUAAAACAAAGUGCUGGGAAAAAAUAGAUUCAAACAAUCGACAUAAAAUAUUUGAGACUUUUUACAAACUAGAAAAUUACAAUACCCAGAAUAUGUACAUCGCAGCAAGCGUCAAAGAAGCCGACGUUAAAAGAAGGAUGACUAAUAGCAAUAUGAAGAAAAAAUUCUCUCGUAAAUAUCUAUUAGAUAAAGUCGAAGUAUGCCGGGAUUUAUUUGUCAAAACACUUGGUGUUUCUACAAAGAGAGUUAAUACUGCUUUGACUAAAAUGAGGUCACAAGAUUGUUUAGAUAAAAGAGGAGCGAAAAGUGGAGGUAAGAACAAAUGCAGCGAUGAAUUAGUUUCCCAAGUAAGAUAUCAUAUAAACUCUCUUCCUAAGUAUAAAUCACACUAUAGAAGAAGUGAGCGCGAGACCGAAUAUCUUAUGCCAGACAUGACUUUAGACAAGAUGUACGAUUUAUACUGUGAACAUGUAGGAGAAGCUGAGAAGGUUAGUAAGGCUAUGUACACAAAGUUAUUUUACACAUAUUUUAAUCUUAAACGAGCGCCUCUUAAAAAAGACACGUGUAACAAGUGUGACACAUUACAAGCAAAAUUAACUCAUUGCAAAACUGCUGAGGAAAAAAUAGCCAUAGAUACAGAACGCGAAGAACAUUGCCGAAAAUGGGAACAGGCGCGGAAUAAAAUGAAGGCUGAUUUUGUUCUGGCUACUCAAUGUAAGGAAAUAGAAUGUCUCACGUUUGAUCUACAAAAAACGCUUCCAAUGCCUAAGAUACCUACUGGAAUUAUUUACUAUAAACGACAGCUUUGGCUGUAUAAUAUGGGUAUUUAUUCGGCAAAAACCAACUCAAGUGGGUGUUUUGUUUGGAUAGAAGGAAUGGCUGGGAAGGGUGCUCAGGAAGUCGGCUCUUGUCUAUUAAAAUACUUAGGCGAGCAUAUUUCUGAAGAUGUCGAGGAACUAAUUUUAUGGAGCGAUUCGUGUGGCGGACAAAAUCGUAACAUAAAGAUAGUUUUGAUGUUAAAAGCGUUUUUGCAUUGUCAUCCCACAUUGAAAAAAAUAACACAAAAGUUUUUGAUUCCCGGACAUAGUUACCUACCCAAUGACAGAGAUUUUUCCCACAUUGAAUCUGCAAUGAAAAAAUAUCCGAGAUUAUACACUCCUGAUGAUUAUAUACAAGUUAUGAAAGACUGUAAGAAAAAGAACCCUCUUACAGUGACAGUGAUGGCAAAAUCAGAUUUUCUGGGAUCUUCUAAGGUUGAAAAAAUGAUUAUUAAUAGAAAACGUGGUAUUAACAAAGAAUGUAUUAAUUGGCUACAAGCUCGGGAAAUAUACAUAGAAAGAGACUCACCAAACUCAAUUUAUUUUAAAACCGACUUCUUUGGUAAUGCUGUAGAAGUUAAUAUAGGGAGAGCACCUGUUCGUGGCAGACCAGCUUUAAUCUUAAUGGAACAUUUAGUUCCCUUGUGGCCGUCAGGGAAGCCAGUAUCACCCGCGAAAUUAGCCGAUAUUCAAUCCAUAUUACAUCUCAUACCACAAGAUGCACAGAGUUUUUAUAAUGGUCUCGACUGUGAUAAUACUAUAGAAGACGACAUAGAUGGACUAGACACGGUUGAUUUUGAAAUUCAAUUUGAUGAUAACGUCGAAUAAACGUGUAAUUUUGAUAAAUUAAAGCUUUAUCCCGAUUAUAAAUCACAUAGUUUCAUUUAUAUCAACAAAUCCCUAGAUUGUGGUUCUUUUUUGUAUAUGAGAAAACAUAUUAAUUACUUAAUGUUUAAAGGAACCACAUGCACGAUUUCUUAAUUAUUU